AUGGCGAUGGCGAAGGCCAAAUCCACCGCCCUCUCCGCCGCCGAAAAGUGCCGGAACAUCCUGGGCGCCAGUUGGGAAGCCCACCUCAACACCAUCAAAGCCGACGCCAAGGGAAGCAAGGGGGAGGUUUACACGUCGAGAGUGCACUACAUGGUCCAAAAGGGCAUGCCCUACUUGAUCGUGCCCGAGAACGACAUGCACAACAUUAACAUUAUAAUCGACGAGCGGGGUUCUCUCUCGGUGUCCAGUCCAGUCCCAGGUCGCCUUGCCAGCUUGCUCAAGUCACUCAACAAGUUGCCUCCCCGGGUUGCUAUGACCGGCGAUGUCCUGCGCAUGAAGGAGACAAAGGUUCCAGUUAUAGCUGAGAGCCUUAAGAAAGCUAUUCUGAAGGAACAUAAAGCUGCUAGCGAAGCUACUUAUGGGGUUUCAACGGUAUUGUCUUCCGCAAGUGCUACUUGUAGGUCGCGCAGUGAAGGUCUCCUUAGCUUACUCAAUGAAGAGAGCUCCUACAAUAUCUUGAAGUUUGAAAUUGGCUCGUGUGUCUUCAUAGAUUCAUUGGGGAGCAGCCAUAAUAUCGAAUUGGAUACUUUUGAACCACCAAAAGCCGACCUGCUAUUGCCAUUCUCUUCGAGGCUUAUUGAUGGUAUCAACAGGAGUGACCCAAGGCGGAGAGCACUUAUACUUUUCUGUUUCGAGUAUUUUGAUGUGACUGCCAGAGAUGCACUCUUGCUCUCCGUUGAUCACCAUGGAUUUGAGGUGCUCGCCAGGGUUCCUGAAAGAGCUACCGCACCUGAUGUCCCUCAGCAGUACCAUUGGAAAGAGUUCAGGUUCACAUUCAAGGAAGCAGUCAAGGAUGUUGAAGACUUCUGCCGCAUGUUGGUUGAGCUAGAAGAAGAAGCUCUGCACAGCGUAAAGAGCUAUAGCGGAUUAGGUUGA